CUUGAAUCUGUUGUGUGUUCACGUUGAAAUUGAGGAGUUUGUUUGGGAUAACUUUCAGUUUAUCGCGUUCAGCUGUGUACGAUGUUGCCCGUUUCCGCCGCGCCCUUCCCCGGCGGCCGUUAGCACCGCUCUGCCCCCCGUCUGCGCGCCCGCGGGCUGAAUAGUGUGUUUUGUUUAAUUCGCUGUAUUUAUUCUAAAUUUACUGCUUAUGUUUUCGUCGGCCUCCGCGGCCGCUCUGAGAUGUCGCAGCAUCCGCACUCGCAUAAUGAGAAGAUACGCGGGAAUCUUGCGGACGCUGUGAAGCGGAGAACGCAUCAAUUAAUUAUUAAUUUACAUUAGAUUGAUCGCUGGGAUGCGCCCGCCCGCCCCGCAGACCUGGACUAGGAGCGGAGGACCCGUUUGACGGACAGACUGUCGCGGAGAUAAUAGAUACGAAUAGGAGGUGUGAUUGCGAUUUGAGAAAGCCAGUGCGCGACUAUUGCUCCCUCGGCACUUGCCGAUAACAACGAGUAAUUGCCAGCCAGUUUGGCAGCGCUCACUUGUGCUUCUCCUCCGACUGGCAGCGGCGGCCAAGGUGGAUUCGUCUUGCGAACAGUUCCAAGAUUUGUGGAUUAUUAAAAGGCGGCAGUGAAGAUAAAUGUCGAAAACUGAAGAUUUCUCUCGUGUGGAAACCGUGAGAGAUCAAGUACUUACGGAGUCGUGACGAGUGUCGUGGGCUCACAACAGUGCGGUGGUCGGGUUGAGAUGUGGCCGGCGGCAAAGUGUUAACAGUUGUGGAUCUGCAUAGCACGUAGAUGCCCGGUCGGCAGCCGAAACGCUCGCUCGCUCGUAUCUUUGUAUCUUUUGUCAAAUCGCGGCAGCUAGAAUUUCGUAUCGACAAGUAUCUGAGUAACGAGUUCAAAUCUCAGCCACGACAAAUUAGCGCUAACUAACGCAUUUUGAGAAAGAGAUAAAGCGAACACGGACUGAACUUGUUUUGUGUAUUUAUUCAAGAAUUCGAAUUUCACGGAGAUUUACGUUAUGGCAAGAAGUGAGUGGCGUUCAUUGUGUGUCUGUUGCCUCCGCGGAACGCGUGCUCGUGUCGCGUAAUAACGUCUCCUGGUUCGGUCGCGAUUAAUUCAGAUAACCAGAAUUCGAUUAAAAUUAACAAUUGAGAGUACUUGAAAAGUAAAGAUAUUUUUUUUUUUUUUUGAGAAAUCGCACACGCAACCAGAAUUGUUGAUUUCGUGGAAAAUCAGAUUCCUUCCGAUGGGGGAGGAAUGCAUGGUUAGGGGCAGAACCGACUGCUUACAUCAAGAUUGUGCCUCCACCAGUGUCGCAGAUACAAGGAACGUUUAACGUUUAAUCCACUGCUCCCGUGAAUAAUUAUCGUUCAUGAUCCCCUUCCUUGGUCUGCUAUCGAAUUGUGUGCAUUGAAAGCAUUCCUUCUACGUAUGCAAAUGUGAAACUCCAAACCAUGUUUGCGAGAAGAAAUAACGGCACCAGCCAUGAAAAAAAAAAUUAUAUUGAAAUGAAGAAAUGAAAUUUCAUAAUUUUCAUUUAAUAGUGAGAUGACCCAGUUUAUGCGCGAGUAAUUACAAAAAAUUAUGUUUGGAGAGGAAAAUACUGUGAUAAUGUAAAUUGAGAGAGAAAAAAAAACGUUUUAUUUGUGUUUCCCAGAAGUUUAGAUUCGGUUUGCGUGUUGUUGUUGCUGCGAUAAAGCCCCGAUAAUCAGUGCUGGAUUAAACACAUUUCCGUGUGCAUUUGACGAGUUUAAGUGCGGCUAACCGAAACUGGCCAAUCACCGGAUUGACAAACAUGCAAAACUGAUAGUUGGCCCGCUGAGCGAAAAACAACCCCCAACGCAUCAAUUACAAACUAUGAGGGAACAGCCGAGCACCAAUGACUACGUCACAGCAAUGAAUGCUAAUGGCGUUUUAACGAUCAAGGUCGUCGGUGGACCGUGUGGUUUUCAUGGCCCUUAUACAUUCUAUAAAGGGCUAGAAAUUGUGCCUCAAGCAUUUAAUGGAGUAAAUGGUACACAUUUUCGCCAUCAUAAUUCUAUAAAUGGUUCAAAUGCCCAUUUAACCGCAAAUUAUGCAGGAAAUAAAACAAAACCAGUUACAAGAAAGUGUUCAAAUGAUAGAAGAACAGAUACUGCCAGUAACGAUUCCAAUAAUACAAGACUUAAAAAACCGUUAGUAUUAGCUCUGGGCGAUUGUAUACCUGUUAAACCAUGGUCAGAUUCCUCAAUAGCCUGCAUAGCUGAGAUUCGUAUGAUUUGGCGAGAUAAGAAUGAACCCUCACUUUUAACAGGUUUACGUUUAUAUUUCCUGCCUGAAAACACUCCAAUGGGACGGAAUUGUCAUGGAGAGGAUGAAGUAGUUGCAAUCUCAGAUAAAGUAGUAAUCCGUGCUGAAGAUUUAUUGAAUUGGAUUGACGAGAAGCUUCAGUGGAAUUGGGGUUUAGUGAAGACACCUUCGUCAAAAGCUUCAUCAGAUUCCACAACACAAAUGACCGCGAGUAAAUCUCGAAACCACACAAUAUCAAGCAGAAGCUCAACCGGUUCAACAUUUGACGAAGCGAAGAGUCCAACCGUCACGACGAGUGUAUCUUUACGAAAUUCACAAUUGGACUUUUCCGAUGUGGAAAGAGAGAAACAUCUUGAAUCAAAUAUGACGACCCGCGUGGCAGUUCUCAGUUAUCCUCGAUAUUGUCGCUACAGAGCCACAUUGAAGCGUCUCGAAAAUGUUGGAGAUGAAUGGUUUCGAAAUUCAGUAGUGGCAGCCUUAUGUGGAUUUUCUUCCAUUAGACCUGAUAUGCGAGUGAUGUUCUGUCGCGACACAUUCGACUAUCCGGAAUUAGAAACGCAUGAGCUGCUUUGCAAUCAUUUGGCACCUAAACUUAAAGGACGACCUCGUGGCAGAAAAAAGAAAUAUCGUUCAGAAUCUCCAUUCUCUACUGGCAAGCGAAACGAUUCGGAAAGUGAAUCAAAUGAUUCAGAUAUAUCGAUAUUUUCAGUUGGAAAGAACGUGUCCAUAAAAGUGGAACCCCGGCCACAUUUACGCUUCAAUCACAGACCGGCCAGAACGAAAACAAAGUCCGAAACUGAAGGAAAAUCAUUCAACAAAAAAGAUUUAGACGAGGACUCAAAAUCGUAUAAACCAUCGAGAUUGCACGGUAGAGGUGAUGUCAUUGUUGGCAGAAAGGCAAGCUCGAUUGAAAAGACCAAGAAAUUUUUGAAAACACCUGCAGGAGCCAGUGCUAAAGUUGUUAGUGGUGCUAAGCCGACUGCGACGGUGACAUCGCGAUCUCCUUCCGUGCCUCCCACUACACUUUCGGAGGAGAAAUUCUUCCUUCGGAAACUUCAUGAAUUCCACAUUAAGCAUGGAAAUGUGAUACCAAAGAUGUUAUGGUUGAACCUAAAGGGUGUUUAUUUGUACGCCAUAUUUCGUCAGGUGAAAAAACUAGGAGGUUACGAUGCGGUUACAAUGAAGAAACAGUGGAAGACUCUUUUUGGAGAAAACAACGAGGCACAUUUAUCAAUCACUCGGCGGAAAUACGAGAAAAUUCUGCUACCAUUAGAAAGAUCUGAGUUAGUUACCAAGAAAUCAUCGAGUAGUGCACCCGCGAAAACAGAAAAAUCCGAAGUAAAGAAAGAGCUUAAAGAAUCGGAGGACUCUAAGGAGGUAAAGGGCGAUGAAGAUCCUGCUGAAAGGAUUCCCAGCCCGGAUGCGGAAGAGUCUCAAUCCGCACCAAAAGUUCCUAGUCUUAAAGUCACCAUUAAGAAGGAGAAGCGCAGUGAUUCCGAAUCGGAAUUGAGCAAGGAGGAAAUGACUGCCAUACAGAAUAAGGUGAAAUCGAAAAUUUCGCCGCCUGCAUCACUCGCAUCGGCGGGAAGUGAAGAUGCAGACAUCAAACCUGCUCUACCUCAAAUAUCCGCAUCUACUUCGGCAAGUUCUUCAUCGAGCUCGGAGAAAAUGUCUUUAGCGAAUAGUAGCAGUAUCUCUGUAGAUCCAAUAACUGCUCCAAUAUCAGUUCCCGUUACAGUUAUUGUGGAAUCUCCUGAAAGUAGUCGUAAGCGAAGUACAUCAUCCUCCGAUGAAGACGUCAAGUCAGUUAUAUCGACAAUACCGGUUGGUCUUUCACCAGAAACAUCAGCUGGAGAUUCAAAAAGCAAAAAAUCCAGAUCAUCACAGAAAAUUCAAAUUCAACAACCUCACACAACUAUAACGGUUCACCAAACAACUAUUCAUCCUCAAACACAUUCCAAGGGCUCCACAUCGAAUCAAAUUCAAAUAACAAACCAAAUACAAAUUCAACAGUUUACUGUGCAACCAAGUACAAGUGAUUCGCCGACUAGUGUUCCGAAGAGUUCGGAGAUUUGUUGUAAUAUCAAACACGAAUUGGAUGGGAUUCAGGAGGUGAAAAUCGAAAAUAGGGACGGAGGAAGUGGUUCCAGCACAAUUAAAGAGGAAAAGCUGAAAGCAACCACUCCAGCUACUGCCUUACGUACAACAGUCCGAGUAAAGAAUGAGCUGAAUCCAUUCGAGAAAGAGAACAUUCCUUACAUAGGUGCUGGUACGACGAUAACACCGGUUAUUUCACAGUCUCGGAAGUCUUCGGAAGUAAUUGAUUUGGCUGAUAGUGACGGUGAAAGCAGUAGUUCGUUCUCGGCUAAACGAAAGACGUCUUCUAGCCAAGACAGUUCUUCGGUUCCGCCCGUCAAGAAACGUAAACUCGACAUUCUGCGAGAAGGUGGUCUUGAGGUUACUGCCAUUAGUAAUACCCACGGAAUCCUUUCCACAUCAACUUCUAUGCUUCCCGAUAUUUCUUUAAGAAUUCCCGCGCAAACUUCUGUGAAACCGGUUGAGGAAAGAUUCAAUUUACCUUCAGCGACUAGAGCGAUCCCGACACCAAACGGUGUGAGGGGAAGCUUACCGAAGGUCACUACGCCCAGUAUGUAUUCAAAAACGGGUAAAAUAUUUGGAAAUCCGAAGGAUAUUUUGCCUCCUACAACGCCUGCUCCUUCUGGAACGGAUCAGAUAUUGGAUCUAACAGUCAAAUCUCCGCUGAAAUUCCCCGCCCUGGAAAUUCAUCCUAUCCCAAGUGCGAGACGUAAUCGUUCGCCGCCUACUGGAUUCGCAGCUUCAUCAUCGUCUGCUUCAGCGGCUGCAAUGAACCUGUCUAAUUCGUCCAAGUCGAAGUUGGCUGAGAAUGGUUUGCUAAUCACUUUGGUGCCUCAACAAAGUCCAUCUUCCAGCAGUUCAACGAGUAUACCAAUCCAACAUCCAACGGUACCCUUAACACACACCCAAAGCAUUCACAACUCGCAAAAUCAUAACAUCAAUAAGCGAAAAUCUGCAGUCGAUGUGAUCCAGGUUCCAACACCCCCAACCCCGAAUUUGGGAAGAGUUCCGCACACCUCAACGUCUCGUUCAAAGUCGGAGAGAAAAUCCAAAGUGACUCCAUCGGCGCCACUUUUUCCUACAAAAUCCACGAUGCCGGCACCAACAGCUUUUCCCAAUGCAAAGGUUCCACCGUUCCCAUUCCCGCCUUUUCUUCCUCAAUCAGGCGCAACGGCCCCGAAUAGCGCGAUGCCAAUUUUCCCGCUAUUACUCUCGAAUAUCUACGGACAAACACCAAAUAUGUUUUUGCCCAAUCAAAUGUCUCCCGAGUUCUUGCAACUUUAUAAAAAUCUUUCGGCGAUGAUGGCCGGCAGUGGAGCGGGUACCGGUGCCAGUGCUGCGCCGGUUUCGAAGAGCUAAAAUUGUUUUCCCUACACUUGAGGUGCACUUUUCCGGUUUGACCAUGGAGGAAAGCGGGAAUUGCUAGGUCAGCGUGAAAGAUGGUAGCCAGGUAUUGAGGUGCUUGUUACUAAGGAAAUCGACUUGUUUUCCGAGGUCGCCGUAGUGAAUGUGGUCCAAUUUGAACUGGUGGAAAUCUUUUGUAGAAAAGUGUAGAGUGAUUUUCGACCCCGAGCGGUGCUUGAGUGUCAAUUGCUUCCGGAGGUCCGGAAAUCUUCUGUUGAAGAGUGUACCCUCACCCGCUUCUUGUACAUAUUCCCCUCAGUAUCUUUCCCCGGCAAUGUUUUGUACAAAGAACAAAUUCAUGAAAUACAUUCAAAUACGAUUCAUUUCUAUGAUCUUGAAUUUUAGUUGUUUAGCUAGCGUAAGCGUAGCCCUAAGAGUAGCAUAAAAGUCUUAAUUUAGGAGGAACAUUGAAAUCAAAUAUGUAAACUGUGUAAAAAGUAAUAACUGUAGUAUGCUACCGUUCAUAUAUUGAAAAGUAACCUUAAUAUACAAAAAGUCACGACACGUAGCUAAUAAUAUUAUGUUUGUGUUAUUUUCCUUUAAAUUUGUUUGUAUGAAUGGGCUGCAGGCAUUGUAGCCGUGAAUCACACGAAUAGAAUGUGCGUUUGAUAUAUUUUGUGCCAGUAGAAGAAUGUUGAGACGAAAAUGCUAAAUAAAAAUGAUCAAAAAAUCAAAUAAACAAAAAAAGAUUGAAAUAUUUCUUAUUUUUUUUUUCUCUUCUGGUUUCACUUCACUAUUAAUAAACAUUUAUUGUAUUCUUACACGCACCGUUUAGUUGCGGAAAAACAUGAUAAAUAAGUUUAUUUUCUGUUAAGGAAUUUCUAUGCGAUAUCUAUGUUAAGCGGAUUAGUUAUUAGCCUCUUAUAAAUAUCUACUUUAGUUUGUAUUGAAUUUUUAUUACCAAUCUCUAAAUGUCGUCGUUGUCAUUUACAUUUAGUUACUGUUUUAUUUGUUUAUAUUACAUGCACAUACUGUGUAUGGAGAAGAAAUGUUUUUUUAUGAUUCUUAUAAAAUUAAUUAUUACAGUGAUUAAUUUUUCCAAAAAUAAAAAUUACACACAUAUAUGAAAAACAA